CCCACACCCACACCCUCUCAGGCAUUAUUUAUUGCUGUCUUCAGAUUUUCUUGGCCACCACGACCCCUCUCUCUCUCUCCUCUUCACUUUUUCUUUCCAUAUAUAUCAUCUUUCACACGCUUUUCUCUCUCCAAACUCGAAACUGACGAUAAGUGAUGACGGGCGACGAAGAGUGGGUGAGAGCUGCGAUGACGGACGACUCCAUGGUGGUGGAGCUGCUGGUGCGGCUGAACCAGCCACCGCCACCUCCGAAGCCUGCUUUGCCCGUUGACUGGAGCGUACGCCAGCCACGUUCCAAGACGAUGACGGUUAAGGCUAUGACUAGUACCACCACUAGGGCCAGCCCCACCACUCCGCUUUCAUGGAGUGGCGCCGAAUCUCUCAGCGGCGGUGCUGGUGGUGGAAGUGGAAGUGGAGGCACCGUCGAUGGCGGUUUCGAAGAGUCCAGCCGUCCUCUUCACAAACGCUCACACACAACAAGAUCUAAGGUUACUGGAACAAGUGAAACAGCAACAACCAAGAGGUCAAGAAAGAAGAAGACCCUAGCUGAACUUAAAGAGGAGGAGAUCUUGCUAUUAAAGGAAAAAAGGCACUUGAAGAGGGAAAUAGCAAACUUUCACAUCACUUUGGAAAAGCAGAGAGCCACAAAUGAGAGCUUGAAGAGAAUGAAGCUUGAUUUGCAAUCACAGCCAGCAGCUGAAAGCGUUCUAACAGUUGCCUGCGAGGAAACAAUUUCUCAUCAAUUUCAGCAAAAGACAGCAGAUUGUGACCCAGCUCCUCCCAUCUUGCCACCAAUUGUCACAGGCAAUGUUCUUGAUGCUUUACCAACCGGUCUUUCUCAAGUGCAUAAGGAAGUCACAGAUCCAGUGGCUAAAUGUGCGCUACCUGAUCUAAAUGUUCCUUUCGAAGAGGAUUCAUAUGGAGUGAGCUAGAAUGACCUGGCAUAUGCUGAUGAUCGUGAUCGUUUCUCCAAACAAUGUUGGAUGGAUUUACAGAGCAGCAUCUGCAUCCACAUCCAUAGCAAUAAGUUCUAACCUUUGAUGUAGGGCGAUUAUUAUUAUUGUAAUUACUGAACCAACCACCUUCGCCACUUCGGGAACCGAAUGUGGCAGUAUGCAUUAUACUCAUAAAGAUGCUGGGGGGAGUGAGGAUCCGAGUUUUUUCCCUUAUGAAGGUGUACUGCAGGGAGUGUGGAGAUCAUAGCCCAUAGAAGCUGCCAGAUUCUUUUAGUCACAUGUUUCUGCACUGUCCGAAAUUCUUUUUGGGGACAACCCUCAUUCCUUCUGUUUCCUUAAAACUUAUCAACAGUUGUAGCUUUUAGAUAUGUAAUCAUAUGUUACGAGUACUUUUAAAAGCUCAGUUU